AAUCUAAAUAUCAUUCAAGCAUCAACGAUUGUAAGAUGUCGAUAUUGUCGGACGUACAUCAAUCCGUACAUUUAUUUGCCCGACUGUCGUCAUUGGAAGUGCAAUAUUUGCUACCGAGUCAACGAUUUGCCGGACGAUUUCAGUUGGGAUCCGGCAACCAAAUCGUUUGGUGAUCCGACGCGUCGACCAGAAAUCAGAAACGCUUCCGUUGAAUUUAUUGCCCCAUCCGAAUAUAUGCUGCGUCCACCGCAACGUGCUAUGUACGUUUUCGUAAUGGAUGUUAGCCAAAAUGCGAUCGAAACAGGUCUGUCAUCUUUAACUUGUAUUAUUUCGGAACUGUAUGAGUUUUGCGAUGCUUUCUGGGGAUUUGAGAGCAAUGCUGCGCUGUGUUUGUCCAAAGCGAUGAACUCAUUGUUGCAAAUUUUAUUGCUGUAA